AUGAAACAACAAUUAACAAGUAGUUUUGAUCAAUACUUGUCUGUUAUAAAUAAUUCCAACUCAAGGGCUAUCAGUACACCUUCAUAUCUUAGUAAUAACACUAGUAGUUCUGCUUCUUCGAUUAUCAGUCCAACAACUCCAACACCAAAAAUUAUGGCAAGCCCUAGUUCCUCUCCCAAAUCCUCGAAUUUAAACAAAUCAUUUGGUUCUCCUGCAGCAUAUCAAAUAAAUUCCACUUCAAAUACUGCCGCUAUUUCUAAUAUUAACAGUAAUAUUAACAGUAAUAUUAACAGUGAUAGUAAUAAUAAUAAUAAUAAUAAUAAUAAUAAUAAUAAUAAUAAUAAUAAUCUCAAUAAUUAUCCAGAACAGAAUAACAAUAUCCUUGAUUUGAACAUCAAUAAUAUCAGAGAGAAAAACCAAGGUUUUUUCAAUAGAAACUUGGUAUUUAAUCAAUACGCGAAUUUACCUCCAUUAAACACCUUACCUCCCUCAAAUUUUUUGGAUGCCAAUAAUAACACCAAUAUCAUAAAUAACAUAAAUACAAUUAACAAUAUUCAUCAACAAAAUAGAAACAAUAGAAAUCUUUUAUUGUUGGAUAAUAAUCAAAUGAAUGACUACCAAAAAUAUCAGUAUCAGCAACAGUGUCAAUACCAAUACCAAUAUCAAUAUAAUAAUCAAAUUAUGGAUCCAGGUAUUAAUACAAAUCUUAAUACAAAUCUCAAUGCAAAUUUCAAUGCAAAUUUCAAUGCGCCAAACUACAAUUUGCCUCAAUUAGUAUAUUCGCAACCUAUGCCAUCAAGUUUGCCAAUACUCCCCUAUCCAAUAAUUAAUCAAAACUGUCUAGCAUAUAAUUAUAACUCAGUUUUUCCUUCAGUUGAAAAAUCACAAUUUUCUUCAAUAUCGCCCUUGCUGAUCACAACUAGUAUUCCAUCAAUAAAUACCCUUUUAAAUCCACUAAUAACUUCACAGCCUACAAACGCUAUAAAUUAUGGAAACAAUCAUCUUCAACCUGAUUCCUUUCAGUCUCAAAAAAAUCAUAUUGUUACAAAUUUAUUUGAUGGAAAUAACAACAAAGUACCAAUAACUGAAUCUACUAUUAAUGCAGCUAUAGAGACUGCUCAGGAUUCUGCUGUUAAAGAAUCAGGUCUACCACGUCGUAGACGACGUAGAAAUAAACCUAAUAAAGAAAAUAAUUUAAAUCAACAACCAAGACUACUUGGGUUUUCAAACGACAACUUAAUUGAUAUAAAUUCUGUCAUCACUCAGGGUAUAAAUGGGAAUACUGAAUCCGAAGAAAUUUAUGUUUGUGAUAUGUGUGGCAAAAGUUUUAAUAAACCAUACAAUUUAAGAUCACAUUUAAGAACACAUUCCAAUAAAAAGCCAUAUGCCUGUAGCACUUGUGGAAGAAAAUUUGCUAGAACUCAUGACAGAAAGAGACAUGAAGCAUUACAUGAUGGUAUUAAAAAGUAUAAAUGUGGUGGUAUAUUGAAAAAUGGCACCAAAUGGGGAUGCAAUAAAAAAUUUGCAAGAGCAGAUGCACUUGGAAGACAUUUUAAGACUGAAACUGGUUGGCUUUGCUUAAGACCAGUGCUAUUAUUUGAAGCGCAAAAAGAUAAUAGAUCAAUGAAAACUUCAGCAAUAAAUAGUGAAGCCGAUGGAUUAAAUGAUGAAGCUUCUAUUGGAACGUUAAAGUCAAGAAAUAGCAAUUUUUUAAAUUUUGAUUUGGAUAGUGAAUCAUUUGAGAAUACUAAACAGUUAUUAAUGUCAGCUACUGGAACAAAUCUAUCAAAUAUUUCUAGAUUAUUGGCAACAAGUGAUGAAUUGAUAAGCAACUAUGGAGAAGAAUUUUUAGCAGGAUUAAAUUUUGACAAAAAAAAUUUAUCAAAUGAAAGUUUGGUAGCUGAUACAAAUAACGAAGAAGUAGAAUUUCAAAAUAACAACAAUAACAAAAAUUAG